AUGGCUCUUCAGCCCGGGCCGCUGUGGGGCGCAGCCGCUGCUGCAGAGGACGAAGAUGCCGCUGACGCCGUGGCUGCAUCUAUGGCGGAUGCAGUCGGGGGUGCUACCUUCGCAUGCGUCCUUCUGUUGGUCACGGCUGGCGCCGCCUUCUCCAUCUACUGGGCCCUUCGACCGACAACUCCCACCAGCUACUCGCAAGAGCAGGCCGUCAGGCUUGCGGAGCUCGCGGGAGCCGCUUACUGCUCGCAGGCGUCACUGGAGGGUUGGAGAUGUGGCGCGAAGUGCCUCGCCUCCGUCUCGAAGCCAGUGCACGUGUGUCUUGGAGAUUCCACACAAGCGUUUGUGGCUCGCUUUAAGGAUGAUUGCGUCGUCAGCUUUGAGGGGACCAAGACCUACCUCUCCAUGAUCCAGGAUCUCCGCAUCGCGAAAAAUCUCAGUGACUGGAAGACGGGCGGCAGCGUCCACACUGGUUUUCUUGUCGAGUGGGAGAGCCUGCGGAGCUGCAUCCAGAGUGCGCUGACAAAGACAUGUUCAAGCAAGGGUCUAGUAAUCACAGGGCACUCCCUUGGGGGCGCGAUCAGCACCCUGGCCAUGGUGGACCUCUCCGAGAAGGGCUGGAGGAUCAAAGAAGGCUACACCUUCGGCAUGCCGAGAACAGGAGAUGCCACCUUCGCCGUUAACUUCGACCACUUGUUUUUUGGCAAGUUUUUCAGAGUGACGCAUCACAGGGAUCCAGUCCCACAUGUCCCUCCCCAGGACUUUGGCUUCCAGCACCUGUCCUCGGAGGUGUUUUACGACGGAGACGUAGGUCAAGGAUUUCGCCACUGCCAACAGGCAGAGGACCUCAGGUGUGCUGGGAGAUACUGGGAUCUCCCCGUAGAUCUCUUCUACCUCGACGACCAUAUGGAUUACAUGGGCCAGAAGACGGGGAGGCACCCCAUCGACAUGGGCAUGUUGGUGCAGCCAGUGAGACUAACCACGUGCCUCCUCGCGGCUCUAUGGGAUGCGCUCGUCAGGGGAGGGCAGGCUGCCGGCCUGGUGUUGGAGCUCGGAGGCGCUAAGUGCCUUGGGCUCGGGCACCUGGUCAUGGCGAGGCCCAGCGCGAGCUCCAGCGACGCACGCGGCGCAGCCAGCGAAGCUUUGGAACUCCCCAUCCAGGAGGCUGCGCGGACCGCUGGAGCUGUCCUCAUCAUCACCAUUUGCAGCUUUGCAACGGUGCCCUCAGCAGAUACUGUAUUGGUCGACUUUCGACGGCUUGAUCGUGAGGUGCGGAAUUCCGACUUCCCCGAUCUCUCCCAAGCCUUUGCCGUGAACCCGGGUUCUGCAGAUCUGCGGCGCGCUCUCUCCGAGUGCGGGCUCGCGCCUGUUCCCGCAACUGAGGCGGAGCCUGCGAGCAAUGAAGGCCAGGGCCAGGAGAUGCGUAGGAAUCAGAGAGGGAAAUUAGAGCGGAUCCAUGGCUCCAUGUUGGGAACAGAGCUCUCUGAUGGUCGAAGAGAACUGCUGCAGGGAGGAUGCGCUCCACUGGCGCCGGUAGCUCCGGAGGAUGCUGCAAGCUUCCUCUCCAGGUACACUUUCUGGUGGGUCUUCCCAAGUAUUCGCGCAGCCAAUCGGAGAGCCCGUCUGGCGCAGGAAGAUCUGCCAAAGCUGCCGCACGUCGACGACCCGGAGUUCCUCUUUUCCAAGGUCUUCCUGUAUUCCGUGCUUCACGGUUGGACAUUUCUCUUCUUUAUGACCAUCGACCCACUCAUGCUGGAUGCAGUGCAGGACUCGGGGAGCACAGAAGUUAGCUUCCCGGUGCAGCUCUGCCUGGUCGGCGCACUGAGCCUUUCAAUGCUAGUGCGUGUCACCUGCAUGGAAAUCUGCUUCUUUGCCUCUGUUCGCGUGCAGAACAAUGUCCGUUCGGUACUGGUGCAUGCGAUUUUUCGCAAGUCACUCUGCGUACCAGAUCACGAGCUGGAUGUCGGGCGCAUUUCCAACCUCAUGGCCACGGACGCGGACAAGAUCGGCAAGUGGUCUUCCUUACUUUUUUCCCUGUCACAGUGGUCUUGGACAUUCGCUUCCUUGCCCUUUCUCGUCUACUUCCUCUACCAGUUGGUGGGCUCUGCCGCGUUCAUUGGUACAGCUAUGGUGGUGCUAGGGGCCGGCAUUUCGCGUGGCCUGGGGAGAUGUCUGCAAUCCUGGACAAAGGUGGUCCAAGAGUGUCGUGAUCACCGUGCCAGCUUGAUGAGCGAGAUGGUUCGGGGAAUCCGGACGGUGAAGCUCCAGGUUUGGGAGCCUGUAUGGCAGUCCCGUUUAUCUGCGGCCAGGAACGAGGAGAUGAAGGCCAUUGUUCGAGUUCGUAUCCUGGGAGCCUUCAACACCCUUGUGGGCUCUGUAUUGAGUGUCAUGGUGCCAGUGAGCAUCUUCGCCUGGUACACUGUCGUGCUUGGCGAGAGGCUGGAUGCUGCGACAGCAUUCACAACUCUGGCUUGGAUCUCCACAUUACAGUGGUCCGUUCAGGCUUUGCCCGGUAUUUACCGUGCAGUGGCCAAUUUGAAGCCGAGCUUCGAUCGCAUCGACCGCUUCCUGACCACUCCCAUUACUACCCCCCAGGCCUCGUUUCGGGAGAGAGACGUGGAUGGUGUGAACGGCGUUGCGUUUGUGCGACCGUGGCACGAGGAGCCCUGGCUGAGUGCAAGCUCUUUCCAAGGCCUUGCAGCUUGCACCGGCAUUGCCGUGGACGUCCAAAAUGCGGCUUUCGGCUACAGACACUGGGAUGCGAAUGCGAACUUAGAGGAAACUUGCAUUUUGGAGCAGGUGAGCUUCCAGGUUCCACAGGGCAGCUUUGUGAUGAUUGCUGGACCAGUCGGCAGCGGGAAGAGCACUCUGUUGGCUUCUUUGGCAUGCUCACGGCCUCCUCUUCGUGGCCAGUGUCACGUGAGUGGGCACAGGGCCUUCGUUUCGCAGAAACCAUUCCUUCUGAACGGCACGGUGAAGGAGAAUAUCCUCUUCGGACUCCCACUGGAUGAGGACAGAUAUGCAUCAGCGCUGCGCAUGGCAGCGCUUGUAGAGGAUUUGAGCAGCCUUUCAAGCGGUGAUGCGACCCCGGUUGGUGAAAGCGGAGUGCAGCUAUCGGGUGGACAGAAGGCUCGAGUUGCGCUGGCUCGCGCUGUGUAUUCAAACUCGGAGGUGAUCUGCCUAGAUGAUGUCCUCAGCGCUGUUGACGCGCACACUGCUCGCUACAUUUGGGACACCUGCCUGAUCGAAGGGCUUCUUCGCAACAAGAAGACCGUUAUUUUGGUCAGCCAUCAAAUUCAGUACCUUUCACGCCCGGAAGUGGACUCUGUCAUCAUGCUUCGGAACGGCCAGCUGUGGCUGCACGGGCCAUGGAGCGAAUUGGCGAAAAGCGGGGAUGUUUUCCUGCGCCUCGUGCAGGAAUGGGACAAAGAAGAAUCGGAAAAACCUUUGUCCCGGCAGUCAUCAUCGAGCUCCUUGUCAGAGACACUCGAGAGGGAGCGCAAUGCUGAUGAGUUGAUCAGUCUUGCAGAAUGCCAGUCUGCUGUGGGCUCCGUACUGGGAGCCUUGGAGGGACGCCGCAUUGAUGCAGCCUUGAUCCGCAACGUCCGAGAAACCCUCAAUGGAUCUGCAGACCUUCAGACCGAUCUCAUCCGUGAAGGAAUGAUCUCUUGGCCAGACUUCCGACUAUACCUACAAGCCUUCGGUUCCAGAUACGUGAUCACCCUCAUGCUGUGCGUAAUGGUUUUCUCCGCAGUGAGCCAGAUCCUGAGCACUUUAUAUCUUGCUGAAUGGACUAGUGGCAAAGAGUCGGCGACUGAGCAAGAACACAGCGUUCUGAUUUAUUUCCUGAUCAGCAUCUCGACAGCCUUGGCAAACUGCACCCAAGCGAUCCUGCUUACAGUGUGCGCUCUCCGUGCCUCUCGCAGCAUCCAUAGCGACAUGCUGAGCAAGGUCUUGAGUGCGCCCAUGUCCUUCUUUGACUCUUCGCCUACUGGUCGCAUUCUAAACCGUUUUCUGCAAGACGUCCAGAACAUCGACAAUUUCCUGCCGGAUUCUAUCUCGGACCAGAUAAUGAAGACUUUGACGAUUGUGACUCAACUCUCGCUCGUCUACAUCGAGGCUCCGUGGGUGCUGUGCAGCUUGCCGAUCCUUGCCGUACCGUAUUCCAUGAUUUACAAGCGCAUGCGAAUUCCGAACCGCGACUCGCGCCGCUUGGAAAGUGCAGCUCGGAGCCCGGUCUACACCCAUUUUGGCGAUACGCUCCACGGUCGGGAGACCGUCCGGGCUUUUGCGGCGGAGGCUCGCUUCGAGAAGGAAAACCUGAGGCACAUCAGCACAAUGGCCCAAGGCCUGUAUGGCAAUCAAGCGGUUUCAAAGUGGGCACAGGCGCUGAGUACGCAGUGGGGCUGCAUCUUGUACUGCAUCUCGGCUUUUGUGUGCGUGGAGCUAUCCCGGCGAGGGCUUAUGCAGACCGGUCACAUGGGCCUGGUGCUGCUUUAUUCUGCACAACUACAGCGGGGCAUGAUGGACUACAUGAUGGGGGCCGCUGAUGUUGAGACUAAGUUUGUGUCCGUGGAGCGAGUCGCAGAGUAUCUGCGCCUUGAGGAGGAGAGUUGCCGCAAUGAGGGGGACGGGGAGGCGCAUGCCAUGCUGGGGACUGCUUGGCCCAGCCAGGGAGAAGUGCGUCUGGAGGCUGUGACCAUGCGCUACCGGCUCCAUCGCGCACUGGUGCUGAAAGGAGUCGACCUGUGCAUCCCUGGCAAAGCCAAACUUUCAUUCUGUGGACGCACAGGCUGUGGGAAGAGCUCUCUAUUCAGUGUACUGAACCGUUUGUACCCUCUUGCAUCUGGCCGUGUACUGGUUGAUGGAGUGGACAUCAGCCAGCUGUCGCUGCAGACUCUGCGAAUGAGCAUCCGCGUGGUGUCGCAAGAGGCAUUCCUUCUAUCUGGCUCCUUGCGACAGAAUCUGACCAUGGGCUCGAGUGAGCACGAUGAUGAGGUGCUGUGGCAUUGCUUGUCUGCAGUUGGUUUGGCGGAGAAGGUGCGCGCAUUGCCUGGGAGCUUGGAUUUCCGUGUGGACAUUGCUGGUGGCAACUUCUCUGUGGGAGAGCGGCAACUCCUGACCCUAGCGCGUGUCCUUGUGCCAAGCAUCCCCUGCAGCCUCGAGGAUUGGGCACCUCCACGCAUGCUUCUCUGCGACGAGGCCACGGCAAACAUCGAUGUCCUUACCGAUGAGAAGGUGCACCAGGUGGUGCUGGAAAUGGAUGCGACUGUCAUGAUGAUUUGCCAUCGGCUUCAGCACAUCGCUCGAUUCCAACAAGUAGUGGUGCUUGAUGCUGGUCUGGUGGUUGAGCAGGGCUCGCCAGAGGAGUUGCUGGACUCUGGCAGGAGGCCAAUCUCCCACUUGGCGCGCCUUUGUGCUGCGGCGGGCCUCUGA